CUCUUUAUGUCUGUCUGUCGUCUGUCUGUCCGUCUGUGUGCUGUGGGAUUGUGUGACUGCCACCUUCAUGGGAGCCAUGAAUAUUAUGAAGGAGCCGGGGAAAAAGAAGAUUAUUGUGGGUGUCUUGGCUGUAUCGAUUGUAACCCUAAUCCUCGGACUUGGACUUGGUCUUGGACUGGACUUGCAGAAAUGUCGAAACAAAGUCGUCCCCCACACGUCCUGCAAGAAUCGGUGCUACGAGCCCUAUGACGGCGACAUCCCCGGCUGCAGAUGUGACAAGAACUGCAACGCCAGCAACACCUGCUGCCACGACUACCACGACAUCUGCACCGUCCCCACCCAGCAGUGGGAGUGCACGAGGCUUCGCUGUGGAGAGAAGAGGCUGACGCAGAGCAGAUGCCACUGCUCCGAUGACUGCCUGUCUACAGGAGACUGCUGCACGAACUACAAACAUGUCUGCCACGGAGAGAAGGAGUGGGUGGAGGACCAGUGUGAAGAUCUGUCCACCCCCACAUGUCCAGCAGGCUUUAAGGACCAGCCUCUGCUCCUGGUCUCUCUGGAUGGACUGCGAGCCGAGUACCUGCAGACGUGGAGCGCUCUCAUCCCAGUUCUGGACAAACUGAAGAAGUGUGGAACGUCGGCCCCGUACAUGCAGGCAGCGUUCCCCAGCAAGACUUUCCCCAAUCACUACACCAUAGUCACGGGUCUCUAUCCAGAGUCCAACGGUUUGAUAGACAACACUAUGUUCGACCCGGUGUUUAACGCCUCCUUCAGUCUGUCCAGUCCACAGAAAGACAACCCCGACUGGUACCUGGGACAGCCUAUCUGGCACACAGCGAAGCACCAAGGUCUGAAGUCUGGGACUUUCUUCUGGCCAGGAUCAGACGUCAAAGUCAACGGAAGCUUUCCCGACAUCUACAAACCUUACAACGGUAAAGUGCCUUUUGAAGAAAGAGUGUUCACUGUGCUAAAGUGGCUCCAGCUGCCAGAUAAUGAAAGACCAGAUUUCUACACGUUGUACCUGGAGGAGCCUGAUAAAUCUGGACACAGUUACGGUCCCGUGAGUGGAGGGCUGAUUGAAGCCCUCCAGGGUGUGGAUAAGAUCGUUGGUCAGCUCAUGAACGGCCUGAAGCAGAUCGGCCUCCACCGCUGUCUCAACAUCAUCGUCGUGGCCGAUCAUGGUAUGGAGGCCACGAGCUGCGACAGGAAGGAGGUGCUGCAGGACCUGGUGGGCGACAUCAGAAACUACUGGGUCACUGAGGGGCCGUUCGGACGCAUCAGGGCCAAAAACAACGCAGUGUUGGACUCAGCUGAACUUGUUGCCAACAUGACUUGUAAGAAGCCAGACCAAAAGAUCAAGCCGUACCUGAAGGCCAACCUGCCAAAGCGCCUCCACUUUGCCAACAGCCGCCGCAUUGAAGAUGUUAACGUCCUGGUCGACCCGAAAUGGCUGUUUGAGAGGUAUCCAGGAUCUCUCACAUUCUGCUCUGGCGGAGCUCACGGCUACGACAACGAUGCUGAGAGCAUGCAUGCCAUGUUUGUCAGUUAUGGACCCAAGUUCCAGUAUAAAACAGAGAUCGAACCCUUUUCAAACAUCGAGCUAUACAAUCUCAUGUGUGACGUGAUGCAGAUCUCUCCCACUGACAACAACGGGACCCACGGCAGUAUGAACCAUGUCCUGAAGCGGCCCUACUACACACCAACGGCCCCCGCCGAGAGGACCGCUCCGGUUAAGUGUCCGCUGAUCAGCCUGGAACCUGAAGACAACCUGGGAUGCUCCUGUCCUGCACUGAGUGGAAUUGCUAUCAACAGCCGUCUGAAUCUGACAGCAGAGGAAGAGUCCGCUGCAGAGAAGAAGCACAUGUUGUUCGGUCGUCCCCGGAUGCUGCAGCCUGACCAGAGUUACUGCGUUCUGCACCAGGAAGGAUUCAUCAUGGCCUACAGCCAUGAAGCUCUGAUGCCUCUGUGGAGCUCCUUCACCAUCGACAAGCCGAUGAACUUGGAUCCGUUGCCUCAAGUGAUACCUGACUGUUUGAGGGCUGACGUCAGAGUCCCAGCGUCACAGAGUCCCAGAUGUGACCAGUACAACACUGCUGGGAACCUGACCCACGCCUUCCUGUACUCGCCAAAUCUGAAUGAGACAGUGGACCAGCAGUACGACGCUCUACUAAUGAGUAAUGUGGUGCCGAUGUACCCCGAGUUUAAGAAGAUCUGGGACUACUUUCAGAGCACCCUAUUAAAGAAAUAUGCCUCUAUUUACAACGGCAUUAGCGUGGUGACGGGUCCCGCCUUUGAUUACAACUAUGAUGGCCAGUACGACUCUCCUGGGCAGAUCCAGCAGUUUGUGUCUGGCACGAACAUCUCGAUACCCACCCAUAUCUUUGCAGUGUUGACUAGCUGCAGGGAUUCGGCGGUACCGGUGUCGGCCUGCGUCAGCGAGCUGCAGACCGUGUCCUUCCUGUUGCCUCACAGACCGGACAACUUGGAAAGCUGCAAAAGCACACAAGCCGAAACUGAUUGGGUUGAAGACCUCAUGUGGUUCCAUCAGUCACGAGUCAGAGACGUCGAGUGGAUCACAGGAUUGGAUUUUUACCAGGGCAGCAAUCGACCAAUCGCGGAGCUGCUGAGGAUGAAGACCCGCCCCACAGCUGCCAUUCACAGAAAACAGUGAAAUUGCACUUUUUAAGGUAGUCUUAAAUUGUGUUAUCACUUUGUAAACACUGGACUGAAUGUAUUAAUUAUCAAACAAAGUGACAUCGUUUAUUUAUUUUAUUUUCAACUUGAAACCGUUUGUAUUAUUUUCUUCUUAUUAUUAUAUUCCUAUUGUCGUGAUUGUUAUCUGUUGAUUUUGUUUUGUAAUCUGUAUUUUAGUUAUUUCCCACAGUGAGGAUGAGAUGAGAUUGAGAGUGUAUUACAGCAGUCACUGUUAAUAAAAACUAGUCAACAUUUACUUUUGGUUUCACACAGUGUUCUCCUGGGUGAAAGUCCUGUGUUUGUUGGACCAGUCCACCAUGCCCCAGAGGAAAGAGGGAUUUUGAUAUGGCAAUUUCAUUUAAAUGUAUCUGAUUGUUUGUACAUAGAGGAAUGGAGCCAACUACCCAAGAUAAAUGACUAACAAGCAAUUCCAUUUGUUUUUGUUUUAUUGUAUUUGAUUUAUUAGGGAUGUGCAGAUAAGGUACACUGAGCAGACAACAUUUGUGUUGAAUGUCACAUCUAGUCCUGUGCAAAGAAAAUUCAACACAUGUCAUAGAAAGUCUCAUAUCUUGAAGCUGUCUCUAUAACAUAAUUAAAGGAAAACCACGCACAAGCAGAUAUUUCAAUGCAAGAGUGUGCUUCCAAGACCAGAGCAGGAAGUAUGAGUAUAAGUUAUGACUUCUGGUGACAAGUAGUUCUCUUGAAUACCUAUGUUGAAUACAAUUAUUGUAAGUCACUUUGGAUAAAACAUCUGCUAAAUGACUGUAAUGUAAUGUAAUGUAAGUAGGAAGCUGAGAACAGAAUUUUUAAGUUUGGAAAAUGGUCGUCAAGUGAACACAUUAAUACUGUAGAAUAACCUCUUGCGGUAAACAUGUAAUUCUGCAAACAUUUCUUAUUUUAAACUAUUGUUUCAGCUCCAUUAAAGUAGGAAAAGACUGAUUUAUUUUUUUCCAUUGUUGGUAUCAGUGUCGACCAAUGACAUCUGUGAAUACUUAUUUUGAUCUUGUGAUUUUGGUUUUUAUUUACUAUGUCUCUUGUUUUGCGCUAUCCUCUUUGCUGCUGUAAUCCUGUAAAUCUCCCCGCUGCGGGACUAAUAAAGGAUUUUAUUUCAUCGUCA